AUGACUUUUAGAGGAAAGGACAUAAAAUACGUUGAUGGAGGUCAAGUUAUGGCGAAGAAAGGAUGCUGGUCUUUGCUCAAAGGUGGUUUAACCGUCGAUUUCUCGGUCCAUGUCAACAUUCUCUUCCAGAGCACUGACUUAGCGGCCGCAGAGAUAUUAGUAGAAAAUGUGAGGUUGCAACGGUUCAACAAAACUCAAUGGAGGCUAAAACAAGACCAAGUCAUUGAAAAGGGAAGAAAAGUGAGAUUUCAAGUGAGUUUUCAGAACAAAUCCGUGGCAAAAGGAUCGUUGAUUUCCCUAAAACAGAUCAAACCAUCUUUCCUCCUCGGCUGUGCUAUGAACUACAAAAUCUUGGAAAGUGAUAGCUAA